UUCGUCGCAGGUGAACACUUGACUGAAGAGUUCAAGCAAAAUAUCAAUCGUUUCCAGCGAGUGCCCUGCAUUAAUGAUGAUGGUUUCAAAUUGGCUGAAAGUAUUGCCGUGUUAAGGUACCUCAGCGCAAAGGGUAAAAUUCCCGAAUAUCUCUAUCCGAAAUAUUUCUUGGAGCAAGCGCGAGUGGAUGAAUUUCUCGAAUGGCAGCACAACACGUUACGCAUC